GGAGGGGAGCACCUCGAGCUUGUCUUGUGCGGCUCUGAGGAUAUAUCUUCCUACCCAGCACCCAGCAACGGUACCAUGUCCGGCAGAAAGCUGGGAGGCGGGAGGAUUCUAGGAAGUGGGAAGUCUUUGGCGCCUCCCGCCCCUCCGGCGCAUCAUCGAUCCUCUUCUCUGACCUCUGCCCCCGAGAGUUCGCUCUCUUUGAGCUCGAGGGACACCACCACUUCCGCAUUGGCAGCAGGCCCAUUGUCAGACCCGGGACAGGACCUGAGCUCGCAGGUUUCGUUGGAGAAUGGAGGGGCCAGUACAGUUACCGCGGCCAGCUCGAGGCUUGUCUGCCCGAUAUGUAAUGAGGAAAUGAUGACUUUGCUGCAGUUAAAUCGACAUCUCGACGAUAACCACCAAGAGUUGCCAGCAGUCGAACAGGACGAGGUCAAAAACUGGUUCAACAAACAAGUCAUCAAGGCGAAGAAGUUCCAACCUCUAGCAGUGAUCAAUCAGAAGCUUAAAGGACUCGACGUCUUCGAAUCGAAUGAAGGGCCAUCUGUGUCACUCCUCCACCCAACCCCUCUGCCAGGCAACCGUGUAUCGUCUCCCGAACGUAGACCAGAUCCCGACGAAGUGGUUACGAGGGCACAUUGGCAGAAAUCCGGAUACAAUGAUCUAUGCACGGAGCCAUCGUGUGGGAAGAGAUUGGGUUCGGUCAAUGGGAGCGUAAAUUGCCGGAAAUGCGGGCGGCUGUUCUGCGAAGAUCACACCAUGUACCAGAUGAAGCUUUCGCGCUCCGCUCAGCACGAGCCAGUACGAGGAUUUUGGUGUAGGGUUUGCGAGACAUGUUACAAGUCCAGAGACGGAUACAAUGAUCAUAAUGGGUACAUAAGGGAUCACACCAAUGAUUUCUUGGCCAUGCGGAGGAAGACUGUAGAUAGGCAAUAUUUGGAGAUAUCACGACUGGAGAAACGCCUGACAAAGCUCACACAUUUGCUGGCCCACCCGCCGGAAGAGGUCUUAGGGAAUAAUGGAGGGAUCCUAUCACUUGCUGGCCAGAAGAAUCAAAGGAAGUUACUCGAACAAUCUGUUGUUCCUUGGGAGGAGGAUACGAAGGUUCUAAAAUGCCCGUUCUGCCAACAAGAGUUUGGAUCAUGGUCAUUCCGACGACAUCACUGCAGAUUAUGUGGCCGGGUAGUCUGCGCCGACCCACGUACGGGCUGCUCUUCAGAAGUCGGGCUAAAUGUAGCAGCUAAAAAAACCGGCGACCUAGCCAUUGACAUCCGCAUGUGUCGGGAUUGCAAAACCACCGUAUUUUCCAAAAAGGACUUCGCUGCAGAGGCGUUGCAUAAACCACCAGAUCAGCGCGCUUAUGAAAACCUCCUACAAUUCGAAAGAGGCAUCCGGCUCCUUCUCCCCAACUUCCAAAGGCUCCUCCUUGCACUCCAAGACCCCGACAAACCGCCCUCACAAAUCCAACUCGCCGAAGCGUCGAAAGUCCGCAAACGCUUGAUCGAUUCCUUUGGCAAGUAUGAUAUUGCAGCGAAGAGAAUCAGAAAUCUACCGACCAAUAGCCCAACGCAGAAAAAGCUGCAGACGGCCAUCUAUCAACAGAGCGCGAAUUUCCUAAAUUCACACAUGUUACCCCUGAAAACACUGCCGAAGAUCCUAAAACAUGCUUCUCCGCAUGGCUCCAAUGGCGUGCCAGGAAACGGCCGUUCCGCACUUGCAAACAUCAAAUACAACGACAUCGACACCUCGUCACAGGUCUCAAGUGGUAGCGCGGUAUCAGCGAUGGAAGCAGAAGAGAAGGAGUUAAGAGAGAAACUGAUCGUGCUCGAAGAACAAAAGUUCUUCGUCGGCGAGAUGAUCGCCGACGCGAACAAGCGGCGGAAAUUCGAAGAAGUGGCAAGCCUGAGCGCAAACCAGGCGGACCUGGAGAGAGAGAUCAAUAGCUUGCAAGGGAUGAUCAGCCAGCUGGAUUUCGCGGGUGCGUAUGCCCGGGAACAAGCGGCGCUCAACGGCUCAACAUCAUCCUUGUCUCUGGGCAGAUAAUCUAGUUGAAAGAAUGGAGUAGGCUGUAUUGCAAGCAUUGAAGGCGUUUGCGUAGAGGCGAACCUGGGCAUGGCGAAUGUGGAUGGCGGAUAAGUCAUUGGGUGGCGUUUGGAGCGUGCGUGUCUAUCAUACAUACAUACCUAUCUAGAAAUCUACAUAUUACCAUGAG